UAUAUAUCAGCUACCACAAAGCACGUCGUCACAUGUACCGUUCAUAGCCAGCUAGUAGCUCAAUCUGAUCUGCGAUCUGCAUACACCCACCCACCCUCAAGAUGCCCUCGACCUCCCCCUCUCCCUCAUCGGACCAACCCGACUUUUCCCGCUUCUCGACCCCUAUCUGGCCCAAAUCGCAUACCAUCCACAAGACCCACUCGGACCUCUCUUCAUACCCCUAUGCGACCCAGAAAGACCUGGACGAAGAACCUUCCACCCUCUUGCGUCGGCAUCAUCCGUUGAAGCAGAGCGGGGAUGGCACGGGGAGAUUAGCCGGGACGCAUGGGAGGUCGGAUUACGUGCAUUCGGACGAUCCUUCUUCCGUCGGGAGUCACCUCUUGAACCGCCCGGACGAUGUCGGCAAAGACGUACUGGGGACGCUACAGGGCCGAUCACCUAAAGGUUCCCAGAAGUGGAGUUCCCAGCAGGUCGAGCGGGUCAAGCGGUUGUUGGAACGAGCUCAGGGGACGGGGAAGGAUCGGGACGAAGCCCUGCAAGCUUUAUUCGAUGAUCCCGCACUGUGUCUGAGUAUAAGGGAGGUCAAGGAGUUGGUCAAGGAUUGGAAGUUGGAGGAUCCGUUGCUGUACGGCGCAGCGCGUUACGUUCUCCCGACGACGGAAAAGUCGAUCAAGAACCAGGAAUGGCCUGGGAAGGCUGAACAGGAGCGGGAGGCGGAGCAGAAGAAGAAGGAGAAGGAGAAAGAGAAAGAGAAAGAGAAGGGCGAAGGGGAUGAGAAGAAGGGAGAUGGGAAGGAGGGCGGGAAGAAGGAGGAUGAUAAAGAAGAAGGUCAAGAUAACGAGAAGGGGAAGGAGAAGGACCAGGAUCCGAAGAAACAGAACGGCCAAGAAACUGGAGACAAGAAGAAAACUGCCCAAGAGCCCAAAUCUGAGACGAAGCCCGAGGACGCCAACCAAAAGUCCGCCCCUGGGGAUGACGACAAGUCCAACGACCAAGAAAACGGCGAUCCGGACAUGUUCGACAACCUCUCCGAGGGUGAAAAGAAAUGGUUCAAGAAGUUCAUCGAAGAGAUGGACUUUUUCGAAAACUUGAAGAACGAUCCGGGGGUGGCCUCGACGGCUUUUGGGAAGCAUGGGUUGAAAGCGCUUCAAGAGGAUUUCAAGCCCGAGAUUGAGGAUCUAGAUGGGAAAGACGCGGUGGACGUGAUAGAGGCGGCCAGGCAGGAGAGAAAGUUGCGGUUCACCGAACAGGCUGCUAUGCGGGUUCAGCUGGAUGAUCAGUUCACUCCCGAUUCGUGGAUCCCAAGGUCGGAUCAUUUACUGAGGCUCACUGGGAAGCACCCGAUGAAUGCCGAGGCGAACAUGACGGAGCUCUUCGAUGCCGGCUUGAUCACCCCAACCAAGCUGCACUAUAUCCGGAACCACGGAGCGGUCCCCCGACUCGCUUGGGAGACGCAUACUUUGGAAAUAUUUUCCGAUCCCCCAGGCUUGAUCGACCCGAUCGAGCUAUCCAUGGACGAUAUAGUACAACAGUUCACGCCGAUCGAGAUCCCGGUGACGCUGGCUUGUGAUGGGAAUCGACGAAAGGAAGUCAACAUGAUCAAGCAGAGCGGAGGCUUCGGAUGGAGCGCGGCGGGUGUGUCCACUUGUAUGUGGACCGGAGCGCUCUUGAGGGAUAUUCUCCUCAAACAGAACCUCAAGGAGAGGCCCGGCGAUGAGAGGUGGUACCUGAACUACGAGGGCGCGGAUGAGCCGUCGGAGGGCAAGUAUGCGACGUCGAUCCCCCUCUCAUACGUGAUGGACGAGACCAACGACGUGAUGCUAGCUUAUGGUAUCAAUGGAGCACCGCUACAACCCGACCAUGGAUACCCCUUGCGAUCGAUCAUCCCGUCGUUCGUCGGUGGUCGAUGCGUCAAGUGGCUCAAAAAGGUCUGGAUCAGCAAGAAGCCCAACCAAUCCCAUUACCAUCGAUGGGACAAUCGAGUGGUACCGUCCUUCAUCACGUCGAAGCGGGAUCCAAUGGCAAAGGCGUUCUUCCACAGUGAUAGUCAUACCCUCUUGUUGGAGCAGUGUCUACAGUCGGUUAUCACCCGUCCCGCCCAUGGGCAAUACAUCCCAUUGGAUGGCGAGGCGGAUGGCCUUAAAGGCCUGGAGCGCAAGAUCGAGAUUGCUGGCUAUGCGUACCAUGGAGGAGGUAUCCAGGUGCAGAAGAUCGAGCUCUCCCUAGACAACGGCAAAACCUGGCGCUUCUGUUUCCGGAAAAUGCUGGACAAGCCUAUGAGACACGGGAACAAGUUUUGGGCCUGGUGUCAUUGGUCUUGUGAGGUCACGGUCGGAGAGCUCUCCAAUUCGUCCGAGAUCAUCGUUCGCGCUUUCGAUGCCAUGAAGAGCAGCCAACCGGAACACAUCACCUGGAAUCUGCUGGGCAUGAUGAACAACGCCUGGUACCGAGUUCGACCCGAGCUGCAGAACGACCCUUCGACCGGUCAGCCGGCUCUGUUCUUCCGUCACCCUGUCGCACCUGGUGCAGGUGAUGAUGGCUGGAUGAAGCCCAGCGAGGCCGAGCAAGUCAAGGCCGAGGCAUCCAAAAAGCAAACGGGAGACGAGAAGCAGUUCACCCUAGAAGAGAUCGAGAAACACAACAAACCUGACGACGCGUGGAUCAUCAUCGAUAACAAGGUGUACGACGUCAGUUCGCUGACCGGUCCUGGAUCUUGGCAUCCCGGUGGAGCCGCAGCCAUCUUGACAUAUGCUGGAAAAGCCACCGUCGACUGCUCGAAUGAUUACAACGCCAUUCACGAUGGAUACGCAAACGAACAGCGGGACAAGCUGUUUAUCGGCGUUCUGAGCGAGAAGGGUGUUAACGCCCUCAAGGAGGAUGCUGAGCGGGCAAAGAAGGUGCAAGCGAAGGUGAAGAAGGAACGGGCCGAUUUCGCACUGAAGCCGUACAGCUUCACGGCUGCAACCUUGAUCAAACGCAAAGAGAUCAGCAAGGACACUCGCAUCUACACCUUCGAGCUGCCUAAACGACCGGAUGGAAAGCAUGGUCGACUAGGUUUGCCGAUCGGGAACCAUGUCCAGAUCGCGUUCCACUGUGCCGAUGGAGUGGUGACCAGGCCGUAUACACCGACCAGGCCCGUCACGGCAGACGAGGAAGACGGAACUUUCGAUUUGCUCAUCAAGAGUUACUUCCCGAGUGCGGACUCCAAAUUCCCUCCAGGUGGCACACUCUCGAACUAUGUCGACUGCAUGCAGAUAGGCGAAGAUAUCGACAUCCGUCUGGGACCGUCGGACAUCACCUACCUGGGCAAGGGCAAAUUCAAGAUCAACGACAAAGACUACCAAUUUGACAAGUUGAACCUGGUGGCCGGUGGUUCAGGUCUUACGCCCCACUGGCAGUUAAUUCAUUCCAUCUUGAAGAACACCAAAGACGACCAUACUCAGAUCAAGAUGGUAGACGCUAACAGCGGUCUUUCCGACAUUCUGAUGUUCGACGAGCUCAAAGAUUAUGCUCAGAGAUACCCCGACCAAUUCCAACCCUGGUUUACGCUCAGUCAUCCGCCAGAGCCGAAAGAUAACGGAGGCAAGGAUUGGGAAUACUCGACGGGUCACUUGGACGAAAAUGUCGUCAAGGAGAGGUUCUUUGCGCCUGACGGGGACAAGGUCGGCACGUUCUUGUGUGGGCCUCCCGGAUUGAUCGAGCAUGGUGCGAUGCCGCCCUUGAAAGCUUGGGGGUUCAAGGAUGGGGAGACGCUGUUCGGAUUCUGAGCGGAAAGGACUGGUCUCGUGUAUCGUUCUGGGAGUCACAGAGUGUACAAAGCGAAGAAUAACAAAAUGUUUAGGUUGUAUCGGCGACGUUAUUAGUAUAUCACUAUCAAAUGGGAUUGCUAUGACAACGAGUUCGCAGGUUUGGCAACAGGAUCUGAGAUGGGGAGGAGAUUUGCAAGGAACGCUAGCGUAGGGUAGAGCACUCCGGCUAGACGCCGAGAGCGUGUUCGCCUUCAACAACGCUGGUCUAUACCUGGAAUCGAUCCGCGCAGUCACUUUAAGCUCUGAAGCAUUUCGCCACACUCGCUGCCUAUUCAGGUCGAGAUCGAAACCGGACGUAGAAUGAUC